UGUUUGUGUACAGGAAUAAUGAACAUUUGUUUGACUACUGUCUUUGUUUACAGUCAGUGUUAGAAUGGAAGAACGAGACGAAUGGAGCUGACUGGGACGUUUAUCUCCUCCUUGGGGGAGCUGAAGGAGGCCCUCAAGAACACGGACAAGCUGGUCAUCGUGUAUUUCUACACCGAGUGGUCUCCUCCCUGCCGCAAGAUCCGCUUCGAGUUCAUGCAGGCGGAGCAGCGCUACCCGGAAAACAUCUACCUGGCUGCCAAUAUGGACAGCGCCAAGUCCAUGGCCCGAAAGCUCGGGGUCACCCUGGACAACAUCCCGGCCAUCGUGGUCUUUAAAAACGGUAAGCAGAUCUACACGGCCACCAGCAUCACGGCGGCGGAGUUCAACAAGACGGACUACGUGGAGGAAGUGGAGGCGGUACCACCAGACUCUGCGAAACCUUAAGAGGCUUCCAGCUCAAUCCAAAAUGAGGAAACUAUGGUCGUCUUACAGAGGAGGUCUAACAAGUACAUUGUAAACAUUCUUGGUAUUUCACAGCCCAAAAAGAGUCAUAGCUGUAACGUCUGUUUUAUAUAAGAUAAGAAGAUAAGAUAAGGAGACUGUUUCCAUACAUGUGGACUUACACCGCCACCAAGAAAACAAUAAUCGAAAGAAAUUCAUCUAUUACAUAUUAUAUCAC